GCGUUAUAAAGGAAAAACUCACCUGAAUAUAUAGUGAAAAUAGUGAAAACAAUUACUUCAAUCUUCACGAGAAAAUCGCAAUGUAAAAAAAUUACUGCUGACAAGAUUAAUGACUUGCCUCGACAGCUGACUAUAAGCGACUAAACGUAAAAUGUUUGAGUGUGUCUAUAUGACAGGCAUUUAUUGAAAUAACACGUGUCAAAUGAUUGACCUUUGCAUUUAGAAAGGAGGUAUAACACUUAAUUUCGGAGACGGGAUGCGUGACUUUAUCGUCAAUGGAAAAGGUGUUGGUAUCCAGGGAAAGGUUUGUGAAGAUUUAUUUACUUACCACACAAUUUCAUAUAGGAAAGAAAAGCACUGAAUGCAUGUACAAUAUACAAUAUGCGUGUGCAUAUACAAAAAUGAAGAGCACGACUUCAAACCAGCCAUCGUCAUUUCUUUUAUCUUUUACCUCAACAAAAUUGGUGGGACUAAUGCAAAGGACAUUGCCCAAGGACAAAUUAAUUGGUUCAAUUUUAGUUAAAUUUGGAUGAAAAUUGGAUAAAAAGUUAAUUAGCAACUGCGCGUGUUGUUUUGAUUUGCCAGGCAGAGUAAACUGCUGUACAAUUAGCCUGUUAUACAAUUUAUGCAUGUACAUAACUUAAUUAAUAGACCCUCAAUUAUCUAUUAUCGACAGGACAAUAUCCAACAGUUGAUAAAAAAACCAGAUAACUAAGUUGAUCAGUCAGUCGAUUAUGGACUGACGCAGAAUUUUGUAACCUUUAUUUCAGGCUGUAGUUGCUUUCCAAGCAACGCUGACAACCGGUAGCAUUGGACCUAACUACGCCUACGGGGCAAUUAAAUUCAACGACGUUGCUCUGAACAUUGGAAACAGUUAUAACCCAAGCACAGGCAAAUUCACUGCGCCUAUUGGAGGUUUAUACCAGUUUACUGCCACAUACCUUCAGCGCAAUGGCUACAGCUCUCACGUUAGGUUGAUGAAAGGGAGCAGUGUUGUCAGUGAUAUCCAUGCAAACCACAAAAACUAUGAUCAGCUAACGAAAACCAUUCUUGUGGCUCUGACAAAGGGCGAAACAUUCUGGGUUAAGUUGGAGAGAGGUAGUGCCUACGCUGUAUAUGGAUCCGCUCGAUAUACUGAAUUUGGUGGAUUCCUUCUUUCAGCCAAUUAUAAAUGAAACUUUACUCUGCAAUAUAUGCCUCACUCAGUUCACAAAAUACGUAAACUUAAUUAAAUUCUAGAACAUCAGUACUAGUAGUGGCAUAAGAGACAAUCGUCUCACUAAUAUACUAAAUACAGGACGAGUACAGGGUAGCUAGUAGUUGUAUUGCUUCAGUCUUUAUUUUCAACUGAAUUAAAUAACGCUUUAAAAU